UCUUGUGACCAGGUAUGGAGAAAUCACAGCAGUUCGUUGCGAUAGCUAAACCGCCGAAGCUUGAUGCAGAAUACUAUGGCUACUGGAAAGUGUCAAUCAGGAAGAGUAGUUGGAACAUUCGGUUACAUGCCUCCCGAGUAUGUGGCGAAUGGGCAGUUCUCGAUGAAAUCUGCUUCCACCAGAUAGAUGGUUCAGUAGGCAACUUGGUCACAUAUGUUUGGAGGCUUUGGAACAACAAAUCUUUCUUGGAACUCGUAGACCCGGCCAUGGGAGAGAGUUAUGAUAAAGAUGAAGUCAUCAGAUGCAUCCAUAUAAGCUUAUUGUGCGUUCAAGAAAAUCCUGUAGAUCGUCCAACCAUGUCCACAUUAUUUCAGAUGCUUACUAAUACUUUUCUUACUCUGCCCGUGCCUCAAUCACCUGGAGUUUUCUUCAGGGUCAGAUCCGAGCCAAACUCAUUAGCCGAGAGAUUGGACCCUGGUCCGUCUAAUACCAUGUCGUUUGCUUAUUCCAUUGAUGAUGCGUCGAUCACGAGUGUUAAUCUUCGUUGAAAUUAGAGGUUAAUA